AUGAAAGCAUUCAAGAACCGGGCGACAUUCUUCUUACAAAAACGGUCAGGCAAGGCAAUUGAAGAAUUUCAAGAGAUAGUGUACAGUCAGAAUCCAGAACUCCAACUCCAGUCAUUUUAUGAAAAAUGGGCCCCGGUCAAUUUUCUCUUUGUCGACUAUGUGCAAACACAGUGGCACAAUAACAUAACUCAUUGGGCUGUUACCUACUGGAAGACACCUCACCAAGGAAUACACACGAACAAUUACACCGAAGCUUGGCAUCAAAUUUUGAAAGAACAGUUUGUCGAUACAAAAGAGCGGUGGCGCAUUGAUGAAGUUGUGCAAAUUUUGACGGACGAAGUACACACCUCAUACCUCAUGACCCAAUCCCAAGUAUCAGAGGGAAUCAUAGCCCAGCGAACCAACCGAUUUCAAUCUCAUGUGAAGGCCAAGGCAGACGGAUACACCGCUGAUAUCAUGACACUACUCGGUAUCACCAUUUCAAAGUUCCCUGCACAUUAUUGUGUGAGCUCAUUCACAAAUCCCGCCAACUCAUUCUACCUAGUUUGCCAUGAGGAGCCCAAAGAUGGGCAACUCGGUCGGUACAAACUGCUUGUUGUUGAGAAUCCAAUGCACUACACAAUCAAACCUACAACUUACCCGGGUACUAUGCUGGAUCCAUCGAAUGCCUCAGAAUGUGUUCCAGAUUGCUCCUCAAUCCGGCAGGAAAGCCCAUUCACAUCAGUUGAUGAACAGACAAACACAAGUGGAGGGAUCAAAAACGCCCCAAAGAAGAGACAAUUAACGACCAAAGCUUGCGACACUCAGUCAACAGUGGUUGCCACAGCAUCUCUCGCUGAUGUCGAAGACCCGUUACUGAAUGCAGAGGAGAUUAUUCAAAUCAUCAACAAUCAGCCCGCGGCAGCUGCGAUGAUGCGUGUACCAGGGUUCACCACCUCACAGCAACUGCUGAACAUGUCAAGCAAAGAGGCUGCACGUCACCUGGCAAACUUGACCUCGUCUGUGGUUACGGCCUUAAAAGGCAUCAACCACGUUCUCAAGUCGGCAAAACUUGCCGCCUGCUUGCUUUGA